UCUGUUCAGUGAUGAAAUGCUGGCCAAUUGUUAAGACAUUAAAAGGUUGACGUCAAAGAGUAAAGCACUGGCUGCACAUGCGCAGAAGGAGGUUUGAAAGGCGUUCGAAUGAAAACGAGGCUGACUUUAAAAAUGUCGGCGGCGGCAAAAGAAGAAGAAAAGAAUCCAAAGAACGGCGAAUCGAAGCAGAAGGUUCCUUGCGAUGCUGUUCGAUCGCUACAAGAAAUGUGUGAUGUGUUGUGUGAAGAGGCAGCGAAUGGCUUUAAUAAACAAUCACGUCUUACACGGGAUGAGAAACAAAUCUGCCAAAAACGAUUCUCGGAGGUGUUUAAACAAAUAUUCAUGUCCAAUGUCCGUGUUGAACAACCAGACUUACAGAUCACAGAAGAUGGAAAGAAAGAUUCUAGUGACAUGAACUUAGAAAAGAAGAAAUCAACAAGUGAGGCAUUAACAAUACAACUUGAUGAUGCAAUCCUUAAUAUAGCCCAGAAACGAAAGGAGUUCCCCAAAUUGUGUGUCAGGAACUUGAAAACCUAUACAAAACUAGAACUUGGUUAUCUUAAUUCAGUUCAGGUUCGAAUUCCCCCAAAACCAGCUGUACCAACACCACCUGUGUCUUUUCAUUCCCCUGAAGAGUCUGAAAGUUUAUCCAAAUCUUUAAAGUUGUUAUCUUCACUAUCUAAGACGACAGUGAAAGAUUGUGGUCGAUUAGAGAAUCUGGAGACAGUAAAGACCAUUGUGAAGGAAGUGAAAAAGAGUAAAACUCACCAGCUAAUAUUUCAAACAGAUGAUUCACCAGUACCUUCGAAGAUGACUCGAUCAGUUAGCCAUUGUCUACAGAAUCAACAAAUGCAUCGACGACAAUCUCCUCGCUUUAAGAGACGAACUCCUUAAAUUCCUCACAGCUCAACUUCCCAUUUUCUGCUUAAAAACAACUGAAAAGCUUUUAUUUUCCCCUAAACUUUGGCACAGAAAUCUAUCAGUCCUUCUCCUGUACCGCAAUCUUAUCUUUGACAAGUAUCAGCUUUGGGGUGAUUCAACUGUUUAUCUCUUUCCCUGUGAAUUUGUGUAAGAACUCCUCCUCCUCCUCCUCAUCAUCAUCAUCAUGCUCAUGUCCACCUUGUCUGUCAUCCUUCCUCAGUAAAGAAGGUUCAAAUCAAAUUUGUUGCAACCCACCUCGCUCCCAUGCUGAGGGGCACAUCCAACAGAGUUGUACAUAAAUUUCCUCCCUCUUUCAUUCACCACAGAUAAUUCUCAUCGCAACAUCAAACAUGUAAUGACAGGAAUUUUUACAAAGAUUAGAGGAUCUGAACUAUUAAUUUGUUAUCUUGGAUCUGUUCUUCAAAUUGGUUUUCUUUACAAACAUAAUUGGAGCAAUUAGAUUCUUAACCAUUCUUUAAAUCUCAUUACCAGAGAAUUAGUAACCAUGUUGGGUACCUUAUUGUUCUUAGCUGAGGACAGAGACCAACCAAAUAAGCACCAGUUAUAUACAUAUAAAGCAUUACUGACUGUUGAUUGAGAAUCCUUUAUGUGAGUGGAUUGUAACUUGAUGUUCUUGAGCAAGUUUAUUUUAGAGUAGAGUCACCGAGGUAUGGAUUUACACUUCAAACAACAAACUGAGAUAUUUACAAGAGAUAUUCUAGUUUUAUGUGGGUUACAAAUAUUUGAUGCUGUUUCAAAAUUAACUAAGAUGCUUAACACUUUUCAAUUGCAGCAUCAUUGUAUCCCAGCCAAAAUAACAAAAGCCAACAAUUUGUACUGUAUUAGAUCUUGCUACAGUUGAAGGAAAGUCUUGGGGAAUUAUUUAAUGUGACUGUCAGUUUUAUAAGUAGAAUGUUCACUAGAUGCAAUACUUUAGUGGUGUGAUUUUAUAAUUGGAGAAAGUCAGUGAAUUUUAGUGUAUUUUGAUGUUCAGUCCAUGUAGCACUAAAUUCGUAGAGCUGGUGUCUUCUUAUGCAGUGUCCAUGUAGCACUAAAUUCGUAGAGCUGGUGUCUUGUUGCUUUAUUUAAACUAAUAAAUAGUGGACUACAAAUUAAUAAAACAUCAUUUAUUCAGCUUCCAUACCACACGUUUACAACAUUGGAUUCUACUUACUCAUGGUGCUUAUUUAGAGUCUAGUAAAUUGGUCCACCAUGAAUACAGUAUGUUGAUCCCUUGAUUUAGCCAACUGAUGCCUGGUUGUGUCAUCUGAAACUGUCUACAGAAGAUAGAGAGUAAAUAGCGAUACAUCUGGAUCUAUGUGGUAGUAAACUCAAUUGCUGACUGAUCCAUUUAUCAUUUUAGAAACAGGCAAUGUUCCAUAGAGCUGGUACUUAAUCUCUUUCCUUAAUUUGUUAAACCAUCUCUUGGCUAGGAAGCUAGUAAACACUGCAAGUGACUUUCUCUACUACUAUUAAGGUGCAAUGACAAUUGAAAUGUCUUCCUGUGGAUUUGAACUCAUAACCUAUGAAUUGACAAUCUAGUACCUCAUCUACUCAGCUAAUUUUGCCUCUCUUCAACACUAAAUACUCUUACAGAAUGGAAUCUACUUGACAACUUUCGUUUGUUUUCUCUCUCAAAGUCUCAGUCUUUGCUGAGCAUGGGGAAAGAAUUAUUUUCCCAUUUGUACAUAAUGCGUGUAAAUACUAUUGUGUGUAAGUGUGUGAGUGUGUAUAACUGUAAAACGGAAAAUAUAUUUUCGUUAAUUGGUGAAAUAAAGAUUGAAUUAUAAUGUC